AUGAUUGGGUGGGGUAAAAAAGCGCAAGCGAUUUUCAUUGUGCUGACCUUUAUCGUGCUACAAGUGGUUUACAAGAAUUGGUUAGUUGAUGAUGAUAUAUCGCUAAUUGAUGAGCCAGGUCUCAGUCUCAUGCGAAGAUCAAAGGUAGAAAAACAAUAUAACGCAGAUGCAAGUCUUUUUCGGCCCUUUUUAGACAGAAUUAAUGACUAUUGGAUCACCAAAGGUGAGACAGAGAUCAAAAACCACGGGAGUAUCAAAUUGUCGUCUAGAGGCCGAGUGGGCCAAUAUGGGAUUUUAAUGUCGAAUGGUAAGGGAGAUAACACGCUUGACGAUUUCGAAAUGGUUAUCAAGUUUGCUAUAUACAAUAAUGUGGGUGAGAGAUCAUCGUCGUCGUCGUUGUCGGCUCCUCCUCUCAUGGGUGACGGGAUGGCCGUCGUAAUAACGCCGGAAAAUGGGUUUGCGAAACAAAAAAUGAUGUCCUCGUAUGCCAAAAAGCAGUAUGAACAUAGUUCGGGCGGCGUGUUAGAGAAUAAUCACGAUCUGAUGGGGUUCCCGAAAAAUUUGGCAGGCUUGGCAAUAGUGCUUGAUACGUACCGCAAUGAUAAACGGACCCGGAUAAAGGCUCCCUUGUUGCAUAUGCAGCUGAAUUUGGAUCCACAGAAGCACUCUUAUAGUUUGGAAACGGAUGGCCGUAUGAGCACCGGCCAUUCUUUGUGUGGACCUUUGAAACUGAAAAAAUCGGUCAUGUUGGGAUACGAGACAAGUCUCAGGGUCAUUUAUUUGGAAACAAUCGGAUUUCUCAAAGUUGACAUCGAUUACGGUGGUAAAGGCAACUGGGUAGAGCUUUUCCAGCGGGAUUCAGGUUUCUUUUUACCCAAAAACAAAAAAACGGGACAGCGGUUUAUCGGGAUUGGCGCGCUGAACGGUCAACUCACUCAAACUGUGGAAGUAAAAGGUAUUGAGACUCACGAAUUUCAUUUGAAAGCAAACCAGGAGGGCCAACAGACGGAAGAAAAUUUCGACUACGCUAAGGAGUUGCAACUUUUACUGGCUACUGAAUUUCAAGAGCACGUACGUAUGAGCGAAAGCGAAUUCGACAAAUGGAGAUCCGAAAAGGCGUCAGAGAAGAUCACGACUGACAAUGGAUCUCACGGUUUGAAUCCAUCUCCAAACAAAAAAAGAUUCUUGUGA